GUCAGGUAGUACCAAGUAAAGUCGUCUAAAAACUUUUAGAGAACCUCAGAAUGCCAGUACCUUAGUCGGCCAAUACCUUUCAAUUCCUCAUGCCUCCUUCGAAAUCCCUUCUGCUCGAGAUAGGGUCCCGCGACUUCAUUUGCCGAUCCUGUAUUUCUAGCCUACGGAGGACAGCGCUGCCGCGAAGGUGGGAGAUUCGACGCGCAUCGCAAACGGCGCAAGCAACACAAGCAGCUGCACCACCUCGGUCGAAACCUCAACCCGUCGAUGACGCCGAACGACUAAGAACGCUGAAGGCCUUAGGGCUCCUGAAGGAACAGGACAAAGAUGUGACAGUCAACUACUUUGAUCAGGGAAAAGACGGGAAACUGCGGCGACUGCGGGGCGAGGAAGAAUUCGCCGAUGUGCUGAAUGGAGGUGAUUUCGAACAGGACCUGAAGGCCAUGGAGGAGAGCUUUGGGCACGCCACCAAGUUCUUCGACUCGGUCAAGGUGCAAGAUGAGGAGGAAGGAAUUGACAAACCGAGGCGGAAACCAGGCGUCCGGGAAAGCGAGGUGGAUACCGAAGCAGAUCUAAUGGAUGAUAUACUUGACGAGGACGAAGAAUAUUCAUCGGCCCUGCCCAGCAUUUCAAACAAAGAAGUCAGACCGAAACUGAAACCUACCAUCGCUGAACUGAACCAGCGCCUACAAGCUGCUGCUAGACGUCUCGCCAGCGGAAAGAAGAUCCGGGAGCAGACGGUGAGGGAUGUUUGGAGCAGUUACAGUCGUGCCCGAAGGGAACUUGCCCACACAUGGCAUUCGGUUCCUACGGCUGUUUGGGAUCUUCUCUGGAAUUUGCUGGCCGUAGACAAGCCGUUUAACACCAACCGCAUGCAUCACAUUUUGAUACUUUCCAGGGACCUGGGCGCGGCCGGCUACAAGCUCGACGACGGGCAACAGUUGCUAGCCAUCGAGGCUAUGUUUCUGGAUGGCCGGGCAAAGGAGGCUAUUGAGAGUCACAGGAAAUCUGUCACGACGCUGGGCGCUAAGCCCGAGACUUUCUUGGAGUACUGGCAACUAGGGUUACGCAUGUACUGUCUUACUGCCGAUUUGGAGAGGGCCGAGCGCGUUCUCAACAAACUUCUCGAUUCGCCCUAUCCUACUGACCCACGAGUAAUGCUGGCCUUCAUUCGAGUGCUAGCGGCCAAAACCCCAGGCACGGAUGAGAAAGCAUACAAAGCAUACCGACGCCUUCGGGAACUUCUAGGAGACUCUAUGGUCAUCGAGGACUAUGAUGAGAUUAUAACCUACUUUCUUGUCGCAAAUCGCACGGAACAAGCCCUGUGGAUUUUUGUCGAGAUGAUGACGCGUGGUUCUAUCGUUUUACGCAAAAGGGACAAGCUUCCGCCAUCCGUAGCAAACCCCUUCUUCUUUGGCAAAUGGAUCAAGAGGCUGGUGUUAAGUGGUGAUACCAAUGGCGCCUAUAACGUUUUGGUCCUGAUGAAGCAGAAGGGGAUCUCGCCCAGGCCCAUGCAGAUCAACCCGUUGAUUGGUUCAUUGCUCCGUACAGGGACUGCGGAUAAUGUAGCGAGGGCGGAGGAUAUAGCCUGGGCCAUGAUCAAUCACCGAAUCCAAUUCGUAAAACGCAGAGAGCGAGAAUAUUCGGAUCCGGUGGAGUAUAUCAGAUUCCACUUAGUCGGCGAUGGAUGGGCGAAAGCCAACCUGGAAACAUUCUCGUUGCUCGCGGAGAAUUACAGGGAGCGGGGAAUUCACGUUAAGAUGGAGGAACUAUGGGAAGCGUUCAGGGGAGCCGCACUUGCACCGGACGCCUUCUUGCUAAACCAGCUGCUCAUGUCUUACCUGCAAGCCGGACAGGGCACCAACGUGGCCAGGAUGUGCCGAAACUUAACCACCGAAUACAAAAUCGAGCCUGACCCGUGGACUUUCAUGACGCUUUGGCAAGCACUGCCCAUCAACCGCCAACACCGGGUCCGCGAGUCUGAACUCCCAGGGGAGCUUGUCAAAAGUCGGCAGUUGUUUGCGGAGAUGGUGGCCUACGCUCCGGCCUUCCAGGAGGAGGGCAUGUCCAUCGACCUCGCCAAGAAGAUCCUGCACACUUUCCGCCUCAUCGGGGACAAGAUCGGCAUGCUGGUGGCGUACCGUGCCAUACGGCAAGUAUUCAAACUGAAGAACGCGGAGCCCAUGGUAUUAGAGAUGGUGUACGGGGCUAUGGACAUAGAGAAGAGCGCGCGCACGCACAAGGGCCGGCAGAGGCUGACACUGUCCGCUCACCGCAUAGAGCACUACCUGAGCCACCGACUGCAGGAACUGAUCAAGGUUGGCGAGGUCCCGGCGGCUGACGACCUGCCGCCACAGGUCAAGACGGAAGAGAUGAGCAACUUUUUGGAAUUGCAUCUCGAAUCGGAGAUCGCGAAUAUCCCGGACGUGGAGGAGCUGUUUAAGCAGGCGGCCCAGGCGAUGGGCGUGUAUCACCCCUGAAGACCAAGUCGCAGCUCAACAUGACAAAAAGUAGACGCUGCUCGGAUGUAAAAUGUAAAAAGAUAUCCUAUAGAUGCUUGAUGAUGAGAAUAGUUUAUUGACGUGGAAUAUCAUGACAGAAGAGGGUACGCUGAUAUCCAAUAACGCUCCGUACAGCCUAUAUUUCCG